AUGUCACUUCUCCAGGUCGAGUUGGAGGAGAAGAAGCAGUACGAAACCGAUAUCAAGAAAACUGGCACCUUCUUGGGAUACAAGCUCCCUCAAUAUUGGCACAUCGCCAAUGGAGUCAAAGACCGAAUUGAGCAUUAUCGCCUCAAUCGGAACGUCGACUCUACGGUACAUCCGGUCCCCUUGCGCCCUUUUCUCCCAGAGAUACAAUCAUUCAUCAAAUUUAAUCAUAUUGACGUUGGACAAGAGCUCUUAGGCUUGUUGGCGCUCGGGCUUGAACUACCUGAAGACGCCCUCGUCAAAAAAUUCAGCUACGAAGAAAAGAACAAUGCGAAUUGUGAGUUCCGGAAUAUCUACCCGCAUCCGAAAGACGAAGAAAUACAGACAGAGGGCGUUUGGCUCAAAGGACACACAGAUCAGGGCCUUUUGACUAUCCUAUGGAGUCAGCCGGUCUCUGCUCUCCAGAUUCGUGACGAAGAUGGAAAAUGGCGCUGGGUGAGGCACGUAGAGAAUGCUCUCGUAUGUCUUCACGUCCAAGCGACCGGAGGUUUUCGAUCUGACAAACCUACCCCGCAUUUCUCGCAGAUCGUCAACUGCGGCGACAGUCUAGAAAUGCUAUCUGGAGAUUAUUAUAAGUCUGCAAUUCAUCGUGUCGUUCAGCCUCCAGAAGAUCAACAGGGCUACAACAGGCUUGGCGUAUUCUACUUUGGCUACGCUGAUGAUGAUGUCCAGUUGGAGCCUCUCACAGAGAGUCCUGUCCUCCAGCGCGUGGGAUUCACACGGCAUGCCCCCGAAGGCAAGGCACCUUUCAUGGGAGAUUGGAGGAAAGCCAGGGCGGCCGCUUACGGUACCUCCAACUUGCAGAAAGGUGAAGAAGAGGGUAUCGAAGAGGAGGUGGUGGGCGGGAUACGUGUCAAGCACUACAAUUGA